GACAGUGAACAGUCUACUGACGGUGAUGCUGGGAGGUAUAGGAUGUGAUGCUAAGGCAGAUGGAAGAUUUAUAGUCUACGGUUUCUCCCGGAGAGUCCGGACCACCUGUCACUUCUCUCCGCUCUGAGGACAAACUAACACAAAGAGGAGAAAAGAGGCAGAGACGCGCGUAAAUUCUCUGUGCGUCUUCGCCGCGCCAUGUCUCACCCGCUCCUCUGACCGCCAACUGCCUCUUGCUUCUUGGAUGAACUUUCUCGCCGCCUGCGGGGACGCGGCCGCUCGCACUGAGAUCAUGAAGACGACGCGGAAAUGUCGCGCGUUGCUGUCGGUGGGUCUGAACCUGGUGGCCCUGUUCUUCUCCACCACCGCCUUUAUCACCACGUACUGGUGCGAGGGCACCCAGCGCGUCCCCAAGCCCAACUGCAGCAAGCAGCGGCGCCACAAUUGCAUCGACUACGGCGUGAACGAGACGGACCAGAACAAGGUACACUACAGCUGGGAGACCGGGGACGACCGCUUCCUCUUCCGCCGCUUCCACACUGGCAUCUGGUACUCCUGCGAGGAGAACAUCCACGAAGCAGGUGAGAAGUGUCGGAGCUUCAUUGAUCUGGCCCCAGCAUCGGAGAGAGGUGUGUUGUGGUUGUCAGUGGUGUCGGAGGUGCUCUACAUCCUGCUGCUGGUGGUCGGCUUCAGUCUGAUGUGUCUCGAGCUUUUCCACUCCAGCAACGUCAUCGAUGGACUCAAACUCAACGCCUUUGCCGCCGUCUUUACCGUGCUGUCCGGUCUUCUGGGUAUGGUGGCCCACAUGAUGUACACUCAGGUGUUCCAGAUCACAGUCAGUCUGGGUCCUGAAGACUGGAGGCCUCACAGCUGGGACUAUGGCUGGUCCUUCUGCAUGGCCUGGGGUUCCUUCACUUGCUGCAUGGCUGCCUCCGUCACCACCCUCAACUCCUACACCAAGACGGUGAUCGAGUUCAGACACAAACGCAAGCUGUUUGAGCAGGGCCUGCGCGAGGAGCAGAACUACCUGGACCAGGAAGCUUUCCACUACUUCCGGGACCGAUCCCUCCAGUCUAUCUCCAGCACCGUUGAGGUCUACCCUGGCCAUGGUGGGACCAGAGCUGGGCUCGUCGUAGGGGGCCCGGGUCCAGGUCCAGGACCAGGGCCAGGUCCCGGUCCUGGACGAGGCAAGAUGAGAGCUACGUCAGCCUCUAUAGACCUGGGGGAGAACACAGACUCACUGGGGGAGGAGCAGUGCUGAGCCAUCGAUGGGAAAGUGAGGGUUAUGUGGGAUAAUGGGGCGAACUGCUACUUUAGGUCUGAACUGGCCACAGGUUCUGUCACUGAACACAAAAGCACAGCAGCCCUUGUUUUCUGUUUGAAGAAGAAUAGUAACUUGACGAGAAGAGAUGGAGGCAGAUGAAAUUUAUUAACAUGUUAAAUGAAAAUCAAUAUAAAGUGUGAAAAACAGACUGUGAGAUCUUUGACUUCGUGGAUUAAGAUUUUUUUGUGGAAAGCAGGUGUUCUCCAGGAUAUUUAAGGUGCUAUGUGUAGUAUUUAACAUCUGUAUUAAUUUUGAUAUAUUAAUAGGCCACUAUGGCCUAAAAUGGCAAUUACGAAAUAACGGUGUAUACUGAAGAGUAGCGUAACAGUAGCACAACUAGAGUACCGUUAUAAUGUCAGUGUCACAGGAAUAUCUAUAAAAGUUGCUAACAUUAGCUACUAUCAGCUACUAGUCAUAAUAGACUAAGUGAUGCUGUCGCAGCAAAACAGCCGAAAGUACUGAACUGAGCUGACAACAGAAGGAAUAUGUUAUAUUUAUUUCUUAGAUAUAUUUUAGACUGUGAAGAUUACAACUAAAAAGAAUGAUGACAUUGAAAGAAAGCAUUGGUGGAUAUCUUGAAUAAGAGAGAUACCAACAAUUGUGUUCUGCAUGCAGGGAAACUUAAUGGGAGCUGCCGUUUAAUUGCUGAGAAAUUAAUUAUUUAACUUUGUUAAAAUCACCAAGGAGAUAUACAAAUAUGGGUAGUAAACCACAGGAAUGUGUCACUUUUUCUUAAAAAUCUUUGAGAGGUAAGGAGGUAGCCCAAAGUUUUCUUUUUCAAACAGCAUCUUGUGGCAUUAGAAGAACUGUGCUUAGAGGUAUUUUAUUGUGGGUUUACAGUCUUUAUCUAUUAUUGUCUCUCAUCCUUCCUCUGGUUCUUCAGAACAAACACAGAAUGAUUUAGAGGUGGGGAAACAGGGAACAAGGAACAAGCAUGAUCUGCCAUGGACAGCAGACCGUCUGACAAACACAAAAUACUACACAUAGCCCUUUUAAACCGGUUGUGUCCGGGCCAUGCCCCAUUUAUGACGCUGAAUGUGAAAACUAGUGUUGAGAGUUAUUAUUAAAUCUACAUGUCUGCUCAUUUUUCAGCUGUGUUGUUCAUGAUGGUGAAAACUGGAGUGCAAUGAAAAAAUGUUUGAAUGACAACGUGCUUCUUCAGUCCUCAGCUUUGUGAUGGCUUUCAUUUUUCAAUUUAGUUUCAUGAUGAGCUCUAACAAGAGCCAAAGUCUGGUUAUCUCCUAAAGGCAUGAAGAUCUGAUUUGGAUGUUAUCAGUCCAUCAAAUGACAAACAACCCCAUAGAUAUAGGUUAGAAGGGGCAUGCGACACCUAUUAUGGGGUUCUUUGGGGUCCUUUGGAUUCAAAGGCUGUUAUUAGACCAUUGAAUUGCUGUUUGCAUAUAUGAAAUUGUGAAGUGUUUGCACUUUUGUUAGGUUUUACUUUCAAUUUUCACUACAUGGUUAGGUUUAGAAAAAGAUAUCAUGGUACGCCAACAACAUCUGUUUAAUUGUGUUUGUUUGACCCAUCCACCACCUGCCCCUCCUUCCACCACAAACUUCCUUGCUUUUUAUCCUAUGUUGCUUGACUUCCUUCUUUGCUCCUGUUGUAAUUAUUAUUGCCACGACAGGUUGGCGCCUAACAGUAAACAUAAACAGCCAUUUAAUGGCCUGGUAAUGACCUUUUAAAUCUCAUAGUAGAUGUGUCACGCCCCUUUUGACCUAUAUCUAUGUAUGAAGCUUAUAACCACUGAUAAUGCCUAUUUAAUGGCCUGACAACAGCCAAACCAGCUGUUGCUCUGUCUGUUCUCUAUAUAGUGCACUUUAUGAGUGAAGGUGUGAAAUUUGCUUUUAGCCAUUGAUAACUAUAAAACAAUUAUAUGAUUCCUUCAGCACAAGUUCAAUACAAUUGCAGUUGGAAUACAUUAAAAAUGAAAAAAAAAAAAAGUCAGCAUUGUGGUUAUGGGACUAUUUCAGUCACACUACUUACUGUAACAAUUACAACACAUUGGGGGUCAGGCAAGAAUCACAUACAAACAGAUUCACUCUAAAGUUGCCCUGUGGAGUCUUCCUCUAAACAAACACAUUUGUGAUAUAUUCAGUUUUUGGCAUUUAUUCUUUGCAUUUUGUGUGUGGUGAUUGCAUAAAACAAUUGGUGUCACUACCCCAUUAGUGUUCAAAACCUUGACAGGGUACCUUUAAAUGACAAGUACAAGUGAUUUAAGAGACCCAUCCCUGCAUUUACAUUUUUCUCUUGGCCACGAGCAAAAUUUAAUAAGGGUCCAGGUCUGUGGUAUAAGUCGUGAACUUUUUAAAAAGUAUUUAAUUGGCAUGACAACUUGCAGUUCAAUAGUUGUCAGAAAGGUUCUCACACUCCAACAGCCUCCUAAAGCUCUUUCUGCUGGUCGCUGGCCAGGUUCCUUACUUCAACAGUCCCACCUUUCAUUUUAGUCGAUGAGCGCUUCCUACGAAAGAGGAAAUGGUUUGAAUACAACUACUGUCACUGCUAAAUUUGUCCUAAUUUUGUCUGCUGACUUCCAACAGUGGGACCUGAAGCUCUGCGGUGUGAAGUUCUCCUUUUUACUCUUCAGUGACAUUUUUUGUUAAUUAAACUUUCACACAAAUGGAACAGUUUGAGAGCAUCGAUUAUGUUAAUGAUCACACAAAUGUGCACCUGCUCAUGAACAGGUGGGAUUCAUCAGGCUGAAACGAGCAAUUUAUGACAAGUUGUGCAGUUAAGAGAGAAUCCGACUUUGAACACUCUUAAAAGACACAGGGGAAAAAGUAAGAGACGUUUAGGAUAGCAGUGCGAAAAAGUUUGUAUUUGACACCCUCUGUCUUUAUUCAUACUGUCUCAGUACAUUUAAAUGUAGUCAAGAAGCAGUGGAGGAACAGUCCUUUCACAUGCAGCAGUUUGACAGUCCUGAAAGGGCUUUAGGCAAAUAUUGACACCCUGCAUCCAUAAAAUAAAUUAAUAGAGCACAAAGCAAAUUAUACAGGCUUUCACUCUUGUAUCAAACUUCAUUCUUUUCCAUAAAACAUAUUUCAUGAAAAUGUCCUCGUUCUGACACUUCUGUUUGUUGGCAGGGCUGUGGGUUAUACAUAUUUUUUGAGCUAAACUCAUGACUGACAGCUCCAUCACCCAGAGGUCAGGGGGUCAGUCCUCUCAGAAAGUUAAUGUGUUCUACCGGCACAGUGUCCUUGGGGACACUGCUGAACCUCCGCCUGCAGCAGGGAACCGUACACCUCUGACCUCUCUGAAAAUUAACUGCAUAAAUGUGCUGUAUGUGAGUCUCAAGGGGAUGAACACUGUACUUAAGAAAUAAAUCUUUGUAGUAACUGAGCGCUCCAGAUUUCAAAAAGAAAAAGCUGAAAUUGAGCUUCUGCGUGACACCUAUAGAUGACAGCUGAAGGGACACUGAAGUAUGAAUUCUUUUUCAGUGAAUAUUCAAAAGCUAAUCUAUGAAUGGCUCAAAAUUUGGCCUCCAGUUCAGAAGGGAGUAAAUCACUUUCCUAAAGGAAAAUGGAUUGAGUGCUUUGACAUAGUGGUGUCCAGGCCAAAAGAGAUAAAGCAGUCUAAAGGCUUUUUUUCCACUGCAGGAAUUUAAUGACCUGCAACCUGGAGCUUCCCAUAACCUGAGCCUGAUAGAAUCUGUGAGACUUUAGGAAAAGCAUUGAACUGCAGAGCUCCAGGCUCAGGCCCGUCUCCUCCAUCUGACCCACUCCAGUCCAAAGGAAAAGGAAAUCUGAACCUGUGUAUGCCUGUCAGAGACAAUCAUCUGGUAGCAUGUGUUCAUUAGUUUAAAUAAGCCACACGUCCUCUACUAAUAACACCAAGGUAAACAAUACAACAUAAUAUUUUGAUAUAACAUUGAUAUAACAUAACCUGCACUAACUUUAUGAGUUUGCUAGCGUUAGCAAACUACGUGAACCCAUGCUAUUGUAUCCCAAUGAUUGUCUUUUAAACAUAUAACACACCGUGGCAUCUCAACAUAUAAUACACUUACAUAUUAAUGAUAAGCACAACAAAUAAUAUGAAGCCUAAACAUUAAACAGAAUGUGAUUAGUCAGCUUGUAAUGGGCCUACUUAUAGAGUGGCAUGGACGUGAUACAGCGUAUUAUUUAUUAAUGCAUAAUAUGAUACAGUGGCAUGUGACGUUACUAUUUGAUAAGCAAGCCCAAUUAGUGCAAGGAAUUUUCCCCCUUAAAACAUGCAAUAACACAUAAUUUUCCAUCUUUACACAUGUAGUAACACACAACUUUCCACCUUAACACACACGGUAACAAACAUGCUUUUCCACCUUUACACACGUAGUAAUACAAAUAAUUUUCCACCUUAACACACAUGAUGACAUACGUGAUUUUCCACAAUGGGUCUCACAGAUGGGUCCCAGCACCAGAGGUGAGCCCAAGCCUGGAGCUCUGCAGUGGGACCCUAUUGGACUUUGGUGCAAGGUUCAGCCUUGCCCCAUUUGUAGCCACAACACAGCCUUAUAUGUUCUAUAUUGUAUGUUAUCUGUUACUCAGUAGGUGGUUGUAUCUGCAAAGGUAUGUUAAUGAUCUCACAAAUCCUCUAUCAAAAGGAAUGAUAAAAGGAUAAAAUGUUUGUCUGGGAUGAAACUGACAAAUUCAGUAUUCCCACAGACUGCACUGGUCACCACUGCACAUAGUUAGUCCAGUGGUUAAGAUGAGCAGAACUAAGAUGCACAGUAUUUAGAAAUAUUGAAUUUAAAUGAACAAACACUGUGUCAUUUCAGGCAGAAAAAUAUAAAAGGUACUCACAAAAACUCAAAAGUACUUGUGAUUGAAGAUCACAUCCCAGAAUGAAGAAAAAUACCUUACCACUGAAAAUUUUACAAUUCAGAACAUAGCCAGACUACAUUACUGGGAAAUGUAUGUAAAAUAUAAGGUGACCUCUAACUGACCUGGUAGAACAUGUGCCCCAUUUAAGCUGACUCUUUUCCAACCUUUGGCCUUUUGCUGCGUGUCAUCCCCCAUCUCUUUACCCCCUAUCUUGUCACCCUCCAGCUGGGCUAUAAUAAUGGCAAUAAAAGCCCUAAAAAUAAUCUAAAAAAAAAACACUAUUAACAUAGUACCCAACAUUGUGCACAGGCAGCCAAACAUGCAUGUUAAAUAUUACGAAUCCUAAUAUAUGUGCAUUUCAACACAUUCUGCGAUAUUAAUUGGCACGUUUGUCUUGUUUCUGCAUUUCCUUCCCCGAAAAAGUUUUUGGAACUUGAAUUGAGUAUUAGUGCUGAAAUUUAGUUCCAAUCUCUUGUCCCCAAAGUGAGUUUAGAGCUGUGGAAACAAAAGCAGAGACUGUGACCACAGCGACAUGUUAAGUUACAGAUCGUUCAGUUCCUGUAGUGGAAAAGGCCUGUGCGUUAAAAUUGGGCUAAAUCAAGCCUAAAUGUGAAGAGCGUCCCAAUUACAUGCUGAAAUAAAGUAAUUUAAAUGCAAAUGUUGAUUUGAAAUGUCACAACAAACAGUUUGGUGUGUGUUCAUCAGCUGGGGUUAAAUGAACAAACAGUGUUAAAGAAAAUUGUGUUUCAAGACUUGGUUGUUGUUUCACUUUGAUUUUAUGCAUUCACAAAAACAAAGUAAUACCCUGAGAAAUAAUCUUAUAUUCACCAACACAGAUGAGUCAUGUCUGGGAUUUUCGUGACGUUUAGAACCAGGUAUGACUCAGAUUUACUUUAAGAUGGUUAGAAUUUCCAGUUACUGCCACUGCUAUGGUCACUACAUUUUCUCCUGGAUGCUUAUAGUGUGCCGCUCUGCCUUGGAAUCUGUGUGUUAUGUAAGGCGUUGAGAUUGUAACCAGCCGGGAUUAAAUUGGCUGCGAGUUGCAGAAGUAACGGGGAGGUUUUUGGGGCCGACGUAAUCCUAACACAAGUUCCAAAUCCCCGUGCUGCCUGUCUAUAAAUUGCUGGUUUGUGGCAGGUCAUGAAUCCUCUGUACACAGAUGUAAACAUACUG